UCCCAGCGUUCCCCUGCUGCGCGACGCGGCCGCCACCUGCGCCAUCCCCUUCUUCCUCUCCCUCCCACCUCCGGUCGCCCUCACCGUACCUCGCCUCCCCGUUGCUCCUUUGCGGGGCUCCUCUGACUAGGGGACCUGGUGGCGCCAGCUUCCGCCGCCGUGCAGCCGGGAGGAGGUUGGGGAGGAUGGUUUCGCUGUCAACGUGGUUCCGCUACGCCGCCCACAAGUUCGAGUACUCCAUCUCCCUCACAUGGAAGAAAUAUAAUGUUGGCCAGAUCAACAGUACGGAGCUAACUGAUGCAAUAUGGAAAAACUUCUUCCAAGGCAAGCUCACCUUCAUGCAUUGGACCAAAGGAGGAGAAUCCAUGGCUCCCAUCGUAUCUCCAACUGGAGGAACCCUCCUUGUCAGAAAGCUUGCAAAUUUAAGCAGCACGCAAGUCUUUGUUGGGGACGUCGUCUUGUUAAAAGAUCCAGAGAAAUCUGAUGAUCUAAUUAUUCGACGCCUGGCUGCCCUAGAAGGCUAUGAGAUGGUCUCUAGUGAUGAGAAGGAUGAGCCAUUUGUACUCGAGAAAGACCAAUGCUGGGUUCUUGCAGACAACCAGGCCCUAAAGCCAAAGGAAGCUAGAGAUAGCCGCUUAUUUGGACCUGUCCCUAUGACUGACAUCCUUGGCAGAGUGAUAUACUCUUUAAGAACAGCUGUUGAUCAUGGUCCAGUGGAGAACAGUGGCAUUGCCAUGAACCAGGAUGCCCCUGUACUGGCAGUGGAGCUUGAUGUGGAAGAGAUGGCAAAGAAUAACAAGACGUAGAUACUUGAUGCUUUUGACAUACAGCGCUGUGACUUAUUGUCGUUAUGGAUUUGUUAUUUAUAAUUUGUUGCUUCGAGUAGAACUCGCAUUGGAAUGUUUGUUCACGGUUUGCCUGUGGAGAAGUCAAUAAUCGUCUUAACAAAUAAUCCAGAGGUUGCUGGAUCGUGAUCUUUCCAAUUUUUUGUUGGUA